AUGAAAGACGACCGAGAUAGAUGUAUCGUCAUUAAGAUAAAUGUUUUGAUUGAAAUGUCCUACUUGUCUACUUUUGCGAACAAUCAAAAGCCCAAAUCCGCUCAAGCGUCCGCGAGUUUCGGAAAGCUGUCCGGGUCCAGGAUGUCGGCGAUUAAGAAUUUAUCGAAGUGCGUGCUGCUCUUGUUAGUAUGCAGUGCAACUAUUCACGCCGACGAGGACGGCGGAUUUCUUGAGCGAGGAUACCGUGCUCUUUAUCGCGUCUACGAGGAGUGCGAGCAUCGCAAUAUGGCCGUAUCGCCGUGUUUGAAGAAGAAGGCGAUCACCUUCUUCGAGAGGCUCGGUCGUAUACAGACCUUACCGAUCGGCGACAAUCUCGAGCUGAUCAGAGUCGCGCCCUUGACAAACGAUAGCUCGAAGGGCACAGUCUCCGAUCUGGAGAAGACCUUGGCCAGGACCAACGGAGGUGCCACGGACGAGAUCCUCAACAAUAUUUUGUUCGAGCGCGUGGCCGCGCUGUUGAACAGUUUCAACGUGCAGAUCAGCUUACCAAAGACGACUUCCGGCGACUUAAAACGGAGCGUCGAGGAAGGUCGAGGAAAGAUGAAGAAGAUGAUGGGCAUGAUGAUGAUGGGAAUGGCGAUGAAGAUGGCCGCGCUAAUUCCCAUCGCUUUAGGUGUACUUUUCCUAUUAGCUGGCAAGGCGCUCAUCAUCAGCAAGAUCGCCUUAGUGUUGUCGUUGAUUAUCGGAUUGAAGAAGUUACUGAGCCAGAAACAGAGCCACGAUCACGGUGGCUGGCAGCAAAGUGGCGGCUGGGACAGGAGUCUGAAAGGAACCGUAGGCACACCUGUUCCAUUAAUGAAGGAAACCGAUCGCGAGUACGCUCAGACCUUGGCGUAUAGCGCGCGACAGCAGCAUUGAAUAAUUAAAAGCUGAACUAGAAGCAGAAGAUCUUCAGGUAUCUGGGAGAGAGCAACGCCUGUAUCCAAAGGAGCAGAUAAUACGCGAUAUCCGAGACAGUUCAAGACAUUGAAAUAGAUUUAUAAACUUAUUUUUACGGUAUAUUUUAUACACUGCGCAAUCCGUUUAUAAAAUUCACACUCAUUCACGCGCAACCGCAUAAAUUAUGAGAAAAGAAAGAGUAUAAGAAUAAAAUGUAUCAAUGACAUUAAUAUCGAAAUAGCAAAUUGUGAGGA